AAUUGAAAAAGCCAGUUGUCUUCUCCGGCGCCAAAUCCUCUGUGGAGAUGUUAGCCGGCAAACUCUGAAUAUUUAAAACUAAAAAUUAAAAAUAAAUCAAGAAAAAAAAAUACAAAACAAAUUGCUCAUCAAUUUUUUUCAAUACAAAAUUAAAAGGCUUAUAGGCUUCUUGAGCAACGGCAUCUCGAACCAGAGUCAUUCCAACCAGGAGGCGGUCCUCCGAGCAAACGCACGAUGGCGCCGCAGUGCAAACUACGAAAACCAGUAAUCUCAAUAGCUCGAUUGAAUUCCCAUUUAUGGGGUGAUAUGGUUCUUAUAAAAACAAUGAUCUUUUCAAUUUUUGGUAAAGCAAAAUAGAUAGAGGCUAAUAAAACAAAAGGCAAAUUUUGUAAGAGGAAUUUAAUCGAACAACUGAUAACCAGCAACAGUAAUACCAAAGUAAUCACCAUAUUUUCUUCUGAUGUGAUUCACUCAAAGCGGCCAUCAGUGCAAGCGUUUCCCGGGGGAAAUUAGUCUCCGGAGCCACCACUGAUUCCAAUUUGACUUCUUCAGUGCCCACAUUUGCGAAUCCGUUCUGGAAUGAAAUGAUUGUCAUUGCUAAAAGAUCGAUGACGAACUCAAGAAGAAUGCCUGAACUGUUUAGAAUCCGAUUGGGCACCGUUGUGGUCACCUUAUUCAUCUUGGCGACGAUAUUCUGGCACCUGGACAAUUCCCCCAAAGGGGUUCAAGAACGAAUUGGGUUCUUCGCCUUCGCCAUGUCCACCAACUUCUACACCUAUGCUGAAGCCAUCCCUGUUUUCCUCCAAGAACGCUACAUCUUCAUGAGAGAAACAGCUUACAAUACCUACCGCCGACCAUCCUACGUCCUCGCCCACUCCAUAAUUUCCAUCCCUUCCUUAAUCGUCCUCUCCAUCUCCUUUGCCGCCAUAACUUUUUGGACGGUAGGACUUGCCGAUGGCUUCCAUGGGUUGCUCUUCUUCUUCCUCACCAUCUUCGCCUCCUUCUAGGCCGAAAGCUCCUUCAUCACAUUCCUCUCUGGCGUCGUCUCCCAUGUCAUGCUUGGAUUCACUGUAGCAGUCGCCAUCCUCACCUACUUCCUCCUUUUCAGCGGCUUCUUCAUCUCCCUCGACUAAAUCCCCUUAUAGGCGAAAAUGUGAGGUGGAAUGAAAAUAGUGACAUGUAAUCAAUUUGCUGAGUUGUUUUUUCCAUGUAACCUUAUAAAAAUUAAAAGUGGUAAUUGUUAGACACUUAAACAUGCCAGGUAUGCAGUCUGUCAACAGAAGGACCAUUUGGGUUACAGAAAAAUAAAGUUAAAGGACCACUUGGGUGCUUUCUAAAGUUAAAGGACGAACUAAGUUCUAUAAUGAAAGUUUAAGGACCAAAUUGGGUAUUAAACCUUCUAGAAAUAACUCUCCGGACCAUUUGGAUCCAUGGCUUUUGGGCUUCUCAAAUAUGUUUCUCCUUUACUAGAAUCUGCAAAGAUGC